AUGACGGAUGUGGAGAGGGACAGGAAGCUCCGCGCGGGCAGCUUCUACCCAAAAACGGAAUGGUCGACGGAAACGACGCUACCCCCGACGAAGACCAUCACAGACACCGUCGACGGACAGGUCGUCACGACGGUCGCGCAAAACGGCUUUCGC